AUGAUGUCAGCACAGCUCCAGCAGCCCGAGAAGGCUGGAACAAAGCUGUCAGCUUCCGAGAACAACUCGAGUGACACAGCUAUCUCAUCCGGAGCUGGACAGCCAAUUACUGAGUUCAAGCCACUCAGAAAUCGUGUUCGAGAUAGCAAGAGCCCCUACGUACGAGCGCACUCCGAUAGUCUGGUUGCCUGGCAACUCCUAGACGACGAUGCGAUUAGCCGAGCAAAGAAAGAGAACAAAUUGAUAUUCCUUAGUAUCGGCUUCCUCGCGUCUCAUUACUGCCACAUUACGAGGCAAGAGUCUUUUUCUAAUCCCAAAGUCGCCUCUCUACUCAACGAGAGUUUCGUGCCUAUUCUAAUCGAUCGUGAGGAACGGCCCGAUAUCGAUAACAUAUAUAUGAGCUACAAUCAGUCUCUCAGUGGAAGCGGAGGUUGGCCACUAAAUGUCUUUCUCACUCCAGAGCUGGAACCCGUCUUCAGCGGGACUUAUUGGGCCGCGCCUGGUGUCCAGGAUGACGUAGGGGCGGAAAAUGACGGUGUUGAGAAGCCUCUCGACUGGCUUAUCGUUAUUAAGAAAGUCCUCGCUUCGUGGUUAGACGAAGAAUCUCGUGUUCGCGAAGAGGCAAAAAGGAUGAUGGUCGAACUGAGUCAUCUCUCGGCGGAGGGUACCCUGAACCACGCAGGGAAUGAUCUCCUACCAUCUAUUUCUUCUACUCAAGUAGAAACAGCUACUUCAGGUUCUGAUCAUCCCCGUGAAGUUUAUGGUGAGGUCGACUUGGAUCAGAUCGAAGAGGCAUACGAACGGAUCACAAAGACCUUUGAUCCCAUGUUCGGUGGCUUUGGCCUCGAGGAUAAGUUCUUAACCCCAGCAAAGCUCUCUCUACUUCUAAGAGCUACCCGGUUCCCGAAAGUCGUCCAGGAUGUAGUCGGACCAAACGACUGUAAAUAUAUUAGUGGUAUGGGUUUGCAUACCCUUCGAAGGAUUGCAAACGGCGCGGUGCAUGAUCAUAUCGGGGGUGGUUUCCAUCGUUAUUCUAUUACUAGGGACUGGUCAUUACCAGCCUUCGAAAAGAUGUUGAUAGACAAUGCCCUGCUCCUUGGUCUCUUCUUAGAUGCUUGGCUUAUGUCUGGAGGCACUAAGGACGGCGAAUUUGCUGAUGUGGUGACUGAAGUUGCCGAUUACAUCGUUAGUGAUAGAAUGCUGUCGCCAAAUGGUGGAUUUUUCACCAGCGAGGCAGCGGACUCGUAUAACCGAAAGGGAGAUAAAGUUAUGCAAAAUGGAGCCUACUACUUGUGGACUAGGAAGGAAUUUGACGCUAUUGUUGGCGAUGAACAAGAAAGCGCGAUUGCCGCUGCGUACUGGAACGUCCAGGAGCAUGGCAACGUCGAUCGCGAAUACGAUCCUCACGAUGAGUUCCUUAAUCAAAAUGUCCUCCAUAUCGUUAAGAACUCUACGAGGCUAAGUAAGCAGCUCGGGAUCUCGGAAGGCGAGGUAAAACAGCGAAUUCAUGCAGCUAAGGCGAAGUUGCGCUCUCAUCGGCAGAAUGAACGAGUUCAUCCAGAGGUUGACACGAAAAUUGUUACAGCGUACAACGGCAUGGCAAUUGCUGCCCUGACACGAACAGCCUCAGCUUUAAUUAGCACCGAGGCUGAUGUAUCAAGACAGGGGCAAAAGUAUUUGCAAGUAGCUAAUGAUGUAGCUUGGUUCAUUAAAAACGCGCUCUGGGAUAGCAACAAGAAAAUCCUCUAUAGAGUAUAUUCUGCCGGCCAAGCAUAUAUUGAGGCGUUCGCGGAGGAUUAUGCUUUAUUGAUUGAAGGACUCAUCGAACUAUACCAAGCUACGGCGGACGAAUCGUGGCUUGAAUGGGCUGAUGAGUUACAGCAGCUUCAGAUCAAACUCUUUUACGACAAUCCUACACCAGCACCUACGAUGGCAAACGCUAGAUGCGGGGCCUUCUACUCCACAGCUUUGGGUGCGCCGUACACGCUGCUUCGUAUAAAGGACGCUAUGGAUACCUCGCAGCCGUCCGUCAAUGCAGUAUCCGUUUCGAACCUGUUCAGAUUGGGUGGACUCCUAGGCGACGAGCAGUAUACCUAUCUGGCGAAGGAAACCGUCAAUGCCUUUGGCGUCGAGAUGUUGGAGCAUCCGAACCUGUUUCCUGGCUUGCUAUGCGGCAUCAUCCCUUGGAAACUAGGCGGUCAGCACUGGCUCGUAGUUGGGGAGAAGCCCGGACCCAGGAAAUUAAAGGCAUUCUAUAAGGCGCCUCGCGCGGCCUUAUUCACGCUUCGUUAUCAUGCUCCAGGAAAACCAAAUGCCUGGCUUAACAGACGAGAUUCCCGAGUCUCAAACUUCCCACGAGAACAAGGCGUGUACAAUAGGUCUCCGGAUGGCACAUAUCGCAAAUUAGGUCACAAUGACCUAGUCCUGGUCAACCCGGCCCACGAGUAG